AAUAAAUAAUAAUAAUCUCUCCCACUUCAAAUAAAAGUCUCAAAAUUCUAUCCGUACUAUUCUCCAUCUUUUACUCUCUCCGGCGAACUUCCGAUAUAAAUUAGUUUGUGAGUGAGGCCCAAGAAGAUGGCUGCGGAGAGUUCAACCGCGGCGGCGUCCGGUAAAUCUGGCGGCGGAGGAGCAUCGGCGGACACGUACAUAGGCAGCGUGAUAAGCUUGACCUCGAAGAGUGAAAUCAGGUACGAAGGAAUACUCUACAACAUCAACACCGAAGAGGCUAGCAUCGGCCUACGCAACGUUAGGUCAUUUGGUACAGAAGGUCGGAAAAAGGAUGGACCGCAGGUCCUUCCUAGCGACAAAAUUUAUGAAUACAUACUAUUCCGAGGAAGUGACAUCAAGUCUCACUAUCCUCGUCCGCCAGCUCAGACCGCAAGCAUGCCUGCAGCAACCCCCAACACUUCUUUGCCUGACCCUAACUCCCAUUCUUCGCAAACGGGACUUCCUGGCUCGACUUUCCCAAACAGUCUGCAUUUAUAUCAACCUGGUGGGAACUUGAACUCAUGGGGACUUUCUCCAUCAAACCCAAACGGCAGUGGCCUGGCCAUGCCUAUGUACUGGCAGGGAUUCUAUGGCUCGCCUAAUGGAUUUCCCCAACUGCCACCUCAGCAGUCCUUGCUUCGGCCGCCACCUGGCCUGUCUAUUCCUCCUUCCGUGCAACAGAUGCAAUUUUCGGGCUUCAAUCCUUCUCUACCAAUGGCAUCAUCUAGUUUGCCGACUUCGACUUUGCCAGAUUGUCAAUCAUCUUUUGUUCCAAACAGCACUUGUUCCUCUAGAUUGACCCCUGAUUCUUCUUUGACUUCCCCAUCCUUGUCUUUGAACGUGCCACUGAUUAAUCCACCUCAAAAAAAAGCUUCUCCAGUGUCUGAAUCUUUUAUCCCGACAUCAACUCCCAGCUCUAGCCUGCCGUUUUCAGCUCAACUUCCGAAUUUGGUUCCUGAUAAUACUGGAUUACAGUCGGUUGCCAGCAAACCUAGCCCGAUACCCGGUCCAGCAGCCGUGGCCCAGCAGCCGUUUUCUCGGACAUCUGCUUCUGUUCUUGCAGAAAAGAAGACACCUUCACUUGUAACUCCUGGUCAGCUUUUGCAAUCUGUACCAGCUGCUGUUUCUUCACAAACAAUGCAGAAAGACGUUGAAGUAGUGCUAGUGUCGUCAAAACCGCCGCCAGAGGCUUUGCUUAAUGGAGGUGGUUAUCACAUGCGUAACAAUUACAGAGGGCGUGGUGGAAGAGGAUUUGGGACAUCACGCCCUGUAGCGAGAUUCACCGAAGAUUUUGACUUCACUGCAAUGAACGAAAAAUUCAAUAAAGACGAAGUGUGGGGUCAUUUGGGGAAACAUAAUAUUAAAUCCAAAGAUAAAGAAGACGACGAAAGUGAUGAAGAAGAUGAUUUGCCGGUUGAGAAUGAUACUGAAUUGCCAAAGAUUGAGGUCAAGUCUGUUUAUAACAAGGACGACUUUUUCGAUUCCCUGUCCUGCAAUUCACUGGAAAAGGACCCGAAUCAUGGAAGGACUAGGUUUUCUGAGCAAAUGAAGUUGGAUACUGAGGUACAAAAAUGCAUGGGCUAUGUUCUCCCAAAUCACCUUAAAAAUCAUAUNGGUCGGUUUCGAGGGUCGUACCAAGGAAGAGGUUAUGGCGGAUAUGGUGGCUAUGUGUCGAGGGGUCGUGGUGGUAGAGUAACUUGUAAUACCAAUUCUGUCCCUCGGGACAAGGGUUUCAACAGACUUGAACGAGAAGCGAAUUUUCCGGUCUCGUCUCUGGGGCUGACUCGGUAG